AUGAAGGGCUGCGACAUCGAGGCUGCAGCGCCGACGGGGGCGCUGUACGCCGGGAUGGCGGAGAGCCCCGAGCUGCGCUGGGCGCUCAUCCGGAAGAUCUACGUCAUCCUCUCCCUGCAGCUCCUCCUCACCGCCGUCGUCGCGGCCGUCGUCGUCAAGGUCCGCGCCAUCCCGCACUUCUUCGUCUCCUCCUACGCCGGCCUAGGGCUCUACAUCUUCCUCCUCAUCCUCCCCUUCAUCGUGCUCUGCCCUUUGUACUUGUACCGCCAGAAGCACCCAGUCAAUCUGCUGCUGCUUGGCGUCUUCACAGUGUCCAUCAGCUUCGCCGUGGGCAUGACAUGUGCCUUCACUAGCGGCAAAGUCAUUUUGGAGGCUGCGAUUCUUACAACGGUGGUUGUGUUGAGCCUCACUGCCUACACCUUCUGGGCUGCAGGGAGGGGCAAGGACUUCAGCUUCCUUGGUCCUUUCCUAUUCGCUUCUCUCAUCAUGUUGCUCGUCUUUGGAUUCAUUCAGAUCCUCUUCCCGCUUGGCAAGCUCUCUCACAUGAUCUAUGGCGCGCUGGCGGCACUCAUCUUCAGUGCCUACAUUGUCUAUGACACGGACAACAUCAUCAAGCGGUACACAUAUGACGAGUAUGUCUGGGCCGCUGUCUCGCUCUACCUUGACAUCAUCAAUCUGUUCAUGGCCCUGCUGACCCUGUUUAGCGCGGGUGACAGCUAAAGCGCACAUCGCCCUGCCCCCUGUUCCCGACUUCACAAGUCCUUGACUUGAAGAAUUGUAUAGGUUGGUCUCACUAGCAUGGUGAAAAUGUUGCUUAGUAGUUUAGUUGAGCUGAUCCCUAGAGAGAAAACAUUAUAAAACUGCUGUGCGUAGGUUCUAUGGAUGGUGGAUGUGACGUUGGAUUUAGUUAGGUGUGCUACUGGCACGAGACC